AUGGUAUUUUACAGCUUUGUGUUGGUAAUGAAGCCUCGUCAGCGACGCCACACGGCCCAGGCGCUGCGUGAGAUCGCUGUGGCGGUAUACAACAAUGGUGGUCUCAUACGUAAAUUCACAAAUGAAGGUGUGAUGAGACCGUACAGUCGUUUUCGCGAUGCAGACAGCACACCGCUAACUUAUGCACGGUAUAUGACGCUUCAAGUAGAUAUGGGUGAAGAAGAAAUGCGUAAGGUGGAAAAGAUUAUGCGUGAGCAGCAGGAUAUGUUUAUAACGCUAAAGCUCAAUAACUUGGAACGGCCUGUGGGUAUUCGUAGCGGUCGGAAGGAUCUGCAGACGGCAUACUUCCCGCUUGAUACAUUUACGCGACUUGAAGAGGAGAUUAACUGGCCACCACAAACUUCUGUUGACAUUUAUGAACAGUUGGAAAUGAAUUGGAAAGAGUUUUCUCGAACUAGGUGGUCAAACUUCCUACGCAGCUAA